UCAUAAUAAAUAUGUGACAAAGAAAACAAGCCGAUGACUGUCAUCUUGUUGCUAAAGUUUUAUCGCCGCCGAACACUAAUAUAUUAUUGGUAUCGAAUCCACGGAUAUUCAAUGAAAAAUUAGUAAUAAUAAAAUUUAAUUUUAUAGCAUUCGUUAAAUAAUCAACAAUCAUGAGUUCUAUCGGCACUGGCUACGAUCUCUCAGCCUCACAAUUCUCGCCGGAUGGUCGCGUGUUUCAAGUAGAAUACGCAGCCAAAGCCGUAGAAAACUCUGGAACAGUCAUUGGUCUUCGCGGAAAAGAUGGUGUAGUAUUUGCAGUUGAAAAACUUGUGACAUCCAAACUGUACGAGCCUGGCGCCAACAAGAGAAUAUUCCAUGUCGAUGAACAUGUUGGAAUGGCUGUUGCGGGUCUCAUCUCCGAUGCCAGGCAAAUUGUGGAAACAGCUCGUUCUGAAGCAUCAAACUAUAGAUCACAGUAUGGAACUCAUGUACCACUGAAGUAUUUGAAUGAGCGUGUGUCUAUGUACAUGCAUGCCUACACACUGUACAGUGCUGUCCGUCCGUAUGGCUGCUCCGUUGUGAUGGGCACCUGGACCGAUUAUGAGGGUCCACAGAUGUACAUGUUGGAUCCCAGUGGAGUUUCAUUUUCAUACUUUGGAUGUGCAGUAGGUAAAGCAAAGCAAGCUGCGAAGACUGAAAUUGAAAAGCUAAAACUCGCCGACAUGACUGUAAAAGACUUGGUGAAGGAGGCAGCAAGGAUAAUCUAUCUCGUACACGACGAGCUUAAAGACAAGCAGUUUGAGUUGGAGCUAUCCUGGGUGUCUAAGGACACGAAGGGACGCCAUCAAAUAGUCCCACGGGAGCUCGCCGCCGAAGCUGAAAACCUCGCGAAGCAGGCACUGGCCGAUAUCGAAGAUUCUGAUGAGGGCGAUAUGUAAACAUAGAUAAUAAAUUUUUACUAUAUAA